AUGCAGGAAAGCUUCCAGCAAGAGGCGGGAUCAAGUAGAAAACGGCGAAAGAUACAGUCUCCCGAUGUGUUCAUAAGCCAUGCUGGCCCGGACAAGCUACUCAUCGCACGUCCCCUUUCCGAGAAAUUGCAAGCUCAUGGUUUAAAUUGCUUCCUCGACAAAACCUCGAUGGAGCCCGGAGACUGCGGAGAGGAUGAAAUGACUCAAGCUAUGGAGUCUGCGAAGGUCGGUGUUUUCAUACUUUCUCCCGAGUUUGCGGCUCGAAAAUGGACGAUGAGGGAACUGCGUUGCUUCCUGCACCGACGAAAAGAAGCGAUAAGCAGUGGAAUGCGGCCACCGACAUUAAUUCCGGUGUUUUACAGACUAAGUAUCCGUGAAUGCAGAGAGUUGGAUCCCAAUCGGUACCGGGAUGAUGAAGGAAAGAAUCUUUUUCAAGUUGAGAAGUUUUUUAGCGUGGAACGACAGCUCGAAGCGAGCACGGCUACUGUGAAGAGAGAGCUACAAGAGCUGGCAGGUAUCACUGGGAUUGAAAAUGACGAAAGGGCGACGAACCUGCUGGAAGAUGAAUUCGGCCAUGAUGCAAGGGAACAUCUUGUGAAACGAGUAUCUCGGUGGGUGAAAAAGAAAAGUGAUGAGCAAGAAGCCGACCGCCUUCACGAUGGUGUUCAACAAGUAGGCGCGACCGUCGAGUCGAUCAGGGGAGGAAGGGGUGAUGUGUUCAGGCCGUCGAUAAGAGCCGAACAUAAUGUUGUGUCGAUAUGUAUGACGCUUGAUUCUCGGGGGAACGAUGGAUUGCCGAACACGUGUGAGUCGCGUCUGAAAGCGGCUGUGCUACGGAGAGAUAGGAACGAGCAAGUGGGUGCGACAGCAGUGGGACAGGGUGGAGUCGGGAAGACAUGUGCCCUACGAGCGAUUGCGCAUGAUGUUGAGAUUAAGGCGGAGUUUUCGGGAGGAGUGUACUUCAUGUCAUUGGGGAAAGACGGAAACGUGGGAGGGCUGAUUGAAGAACUGUGCCUGAUUGUGGAAGCGUCCGGUGGCAACCAGACUGCUGCGAAAAUGCGAGAGGAGAGCGAUUUUAGAAGGGUGUUAGCGAAGGUACAAGCGUGGUUUUGUAGUCAUGUGUGUCUGUUCAUCAUUGAUGAUGUGUGGGUGGUGAAUGAUAUAGAGGCGAAUAUCCUUCAAAAGUUGUCUGUUCUCGCUGACACUGCGGGGGGCAGCGGGGAAAGGAGGAGCAGACUAAUGUACUCCACGAGGGAUAGGGGGCUGCGUCAGCUUGGGGAGCGGAUCGCUUUCGAGCCGAGAGAGACAGAAGGGAAAGAAGCAGUUGACAUGCUUGUGCACGCGAGUGGGGCGAAUCGAGGGGAAGUGGAAGAUGCGAGAUGCAAGGAGGCCGUGAGUGAAAUACUGGGAAUGUGUGGCGGAUUGCCGCUUGCCCUGAACGUGGCGGGAACGAGUGUGAGGUACAUGAGGGAAAGAUGGGAGGAAGAAGUAUCAGAAGCAUGGGGGGAUUACCUUUCGAAGAUGAAGAGGCGUAACACGAUUCGCAGGGAGAGUCCGAAGGACGGAUACUCGUCGUUGGAUGGGGCAUUGCGUACGUCACUGGAUAUCCUGGAGUCGGAUGUGGGAAGGAGUGGGGAGGCGGUUGGUGAUAUUUCGUUUCGAAAGAUACACCGGAGUCUGUGCGUUAUGAAGAAGCAAGACCGGAUACCUUUGAGUUUGGUAGGAGAUUUGUGGGAGCUGGACGAGGUGAAGACGGAAUGGUAUGCAAAGGAGAUGGAAAGGGUUGGAUUAGUGGAACUGCAGUAUAAGAAGGGCUGUGGUGGGUUGCGGGUGCAUGAUCUGACGCACGAUUUUGCGGUGCAGGAGGCGCAGAAGGAAGAAAGUGUAACGUUCUGGUAUAAGAAGUUGGCAGGUGUAUGCAGGCAGGGAAGAGGACUGCUUGCUAUAACUGAGAGCGAGGGCAGAGAGAGCAAGGAUGCAAGAGAGAAGUAUGUUUUCGAGAACAUAUAUCGCGUUCUGAGACAGGGCGGGUGUGUGGAGGAGCUGAAGAAUCUAUUUUUGAAAGCGCGAUGGGUGAAGACAGUGAUACAGAGAGGAAGUGUGUGGCAAUACGAGGAAGCUGUAAAGGAUCUAAAUAUCUUGUUGAGGAACACGGGAGGAAGCGAGAGCCUUUUAAGGGAUACGGGAGAAGAAGAUUCGGUGUAUGCGAUGGAAUUGAUGAUGAGAGCUGCACGACUGAGUGUACCUUUUCGCGGUGAAGGCAGUGCAGGGAUUUACUUUCAACUGUACGGAAGAAUCAAGCACAGGGCACAGGAUUCAGGUUGUGUGCAAAGGAUGCUGAAGGAAAUCGAGAGACACGCACCACGGCCGUGGGUGCGGCCUGUGGGUGAGUGUGUAGAGCGAGCCGAUGGAAGGUUGGUGGAGCAGAUCGUUCUGCCAUAUGCGAAAGGUGUAAUUCAAGUGGGCAUGGAUUCCAGUGGUGAAGUGUAUGGAUGUCAGGUGGAGUUCUCCGGGGCAGAAGUAACAGUUUUCAGGCAAUCUGCUGAGAAGGAGACGAAGAUGGUUCGAUUACAAGGCGAGUUCGAAACGGAGAGCCAGAGUCCAGGGGACGUUGAAGCAAGAAGUGUAACCUCCGAAGUGAUUGGAAAAAAACGGAGCGUGACGAGAGCUAGCUGCGCAACUUUCUGUGAGAGGAAGGGGUAUGUUGUUGUGGGAUAUGAAGACGGGACGUUAAGGCUGUGGAGUACGUCGGAGAAGAAAGUAUUGAGAAGUUUCCACGGUCAUAGGUCGGAGGUGCGUUGCGUUGCGAUGAGUGGGGACGGAAAACGUGUGGCAUCUGGAUCGAAGGACAAGAGCGUGCGAGUGUGGGACGUGGAGACGGGAGCACAAGUCGGGGAGGCGUUAGUUGGACACACGGAUUGGGUGUAUAGCGUUGCGAUGAGUGAGGACGGAAGACGUGUGGUAUCUGGAUCGUGCGACGAGAGCGUGCGGUUGUGGGACGUGGAGACGGGAGCACAAGUCGGGGAGGCGUUAGUUGGACACACGGAUUUUGUGCUUUGCGUUGCGAUGAGUGAGGACGGAAGACGUGUGGUAUCUGGAUCGUGCGACAAUAGCGUGCGGGUGUGGGACGUGGAGACGGGAGCACAAGUCGGGGAGGCGUUAGUUGGACACACGGAUUGGGUGCGUAGCGUGGCGAUGAGUGGGGACGGAAGACGUGUGGCAUCUGGAUCGUUUGACAAGAGCGUGCGGGUGUGGGACGUGGAGACGGGAGCACAAGUCGGGGAGGCGUUAGUUGGACACAUGAGUCCUGUGCAGAGAGUUGCGAUGAGUGGGGACGGAAGACGUGUGGCAUCUGGAUCGUUUGACAAGAGCGUGCGGGUGUGGGACGUGGAGACAGGAGCACAAGUCGGGGAGGCGUUAGUUGGACACACGAGGGAAGUGAAUAGCGUUGCGAUGAGUGGGGACGGAAGACGUGUGGUAUCUGGAUCGGAGGACAUGAGCGUGCGGGUGUGGGACGUGGAGACGGGAGCACAAGUUGGGGAGGCGUUAGUUGGACACACGGGUUAUGUGUAUAGCGUUGCGAUGAGUGGGGACGGAAGACGUGUGGUAUCUGGAUCGUGCGACACGAGCGUGCGGGUGUGGGACGUGGAGACGGGAGAACGAGUCGGGGACGCGUUAAUUGGACACACGCUUGCAGUGGUUAGCGUUGCGAUGAGUGGGGACGGAAGACGUGUGGUAUCUGGAUCGUUGGACACGAGCGUGCGUGUGUGGGACGUGGAGACGGGAGCACAAGUCGGGGACGCGUUAGUUGGACACACGGAUAGUUUGCUUUGCGUUGCGAUGAGUGAGGACGGAAGACGUGUGGUAUCUGGAUCGGAUGACAAGAGCGUGCGGGUGUGGGACGUAGAGAGAGGGAUCACACUUUACACCGGGAGGGUAGAGGAUUUGGGAGAAAUCGAGAGUCGGUUCCUGACGACGCCAGACUUGGGUACUGCUCCUCACGCCGGACGAAGAUCACAAAUAUUUUCAAAGAAGGGAGGAAUUAUUCAAAGGCGAGAGGAUGGGUCUGAGGCUGUUUUGGCCCAGUUGGACGGUCCAAAAGACUUGCAAAUAGACCACGAUCAUGGGGUCGUAGUCGGACGGUUGGGUCAUCUGGUUGCUAUCAUGAAGCUAGUGGUGUAAAUCGCGGAAAGCGAUGGACGCUUGGCGCCCGAGACAUUAGUACUGCGUCGCAACUGUGCGCGGUGGUAGUGGGGGGGGGGGUCUUUUUGUGUUGUGAGUGAAUGCGUGAGAAGUUGAUUGACGGACGUUGCAGUGCCUGGAUGUCUAUGUACAGUAUGAACUAGCGACGUGCUUCCCUUCAUCACUCAGUAGACAAGUGUAGGGAUGCGAGCGGACCUGUCGUGUAUUAAGCGUGUAUUAAGUGUCAUGGCGAUGGCUGAUCCUCCACGCAGACAGGGGACUAAGAAACGUUCACGGCGGCAUCGAGCGUCGGACAGAAGCGACAGAGAUGCCACGCCGUAGGCUGGCAGCUGAAGGUAUUGUGAUGCAUUGAGCCAGGUGUGCACGCACGGUGCGCACGGAUUCGGGGUGGAGGUUAGCUGGGAAUUGAAAGGAUGGGAAUUGAAAGGACAUGUGCGUUUCUCAGGUGCGCUUUUGUGCUCGCGGCCUCCCCAACGGCGACGUUCACGGAUGUCGCAGGCAUGAUCGCGCCGAGCACGGAGGGACCUUGGCGCCCAAUGUACUGGCUCGACUCAAGUGUGCAGACGACGUGCGGCUGAUGGACAAGGGGGGGCCUAGUGCACGUGUCGCAAGAACGACGGCGGGUUUGACAGCGACGGGCGGGGUGGGCGACAGGCGUGGCCGCGGUUGAAGAGGAUGUACAGGUAGGUGGACAGGGUUGCUUCGUUCCGUCGGCGUGUGUAUCAAUCAUGAGUUGCACAGUUGUACAGCUAUACAAGUGUACAACAGCAAUGCAAGCCGAUCAUGAAGUUUGGUCUUCAAUUAACUGUAGAAGAGAGUGCAAUUAUUGCAUGGCAGAAGCAUUGUGAGUCUGCUUUCUGACUUGCUCUUGCCUGUCAGAUUGAGAAGUCGAAUGCACUCCCCUUCAAGGUCGGUCUUGCCGUGCUUUCUGUGCAAAUAAUGUGGCAUAGAUUCACAUCCCCUGUCCUUUGUCCUUGCAUGAACCUUUAGCAGUGCACUUAAGCUGAACUCCCUCGCGUCGCUUUAUAGAGGCCAGGGCCUAAGCACAGCAUUAUCUCAGCAUCGGAUAAAAGCAAAUCCAAGGCACUUGCAAAGAAA